GUUCUUUUGGCUCUCCAUGCACCUUAACAGAUACAUGUUCUCCCACUUUUUAUUGUUCACAUCGAUGCCAGAGCUUUAUCAAGCAGACUCUGUUCUACGAAUCCUCGCGAAACCUGCCGCCAUCAAAACCUCCUUCCGGUGACAAGACAGAGACCCAUUAAAACACCAUUUGGAAGUUCAAUGGCUUCACAAGGACAACAGUUCCCUCCUCAAAAACAGGCGGCACAGCCUGGGAAAGAACAUCCCAUAGAGCCCAGAUCCCACUUCACCAAACCCGACUACAAGCCCUCCAAUAAACUCCAUGGCAUGGUGGCUUUGACCACUGGUGGAGAUUCUGGGAUUGGGAGAGCCGUUUGUCACUCUUUUGCAAUGGAGGGUGCGACCAAGACCAGUGAUGCUAAGGAUCCAUUGGCCAUACCCACGGAUUCGGGGUUUGAAGAAAGUGGUGAAUGUGUUCAGAAUAUAUAUAUAUUUUUUUAGGUCACGAAGCGGAAGCGGAAGCACUGAAGCACACACCUUUAUGUCAUGUAUCCACACAAAAAUGGUCCCUGCAUAUAUUGUUUAUAUGUAUGUGUGUGUGUGGAAAUGUGAGGUUUUUAAGGUAUAGUAAUGAUCAAAUGCAUGGCGGGGGAUGGGGGUGCCUGCAAUCUAGGUGCCCAGCAAUCCCUAAAAUAUUAACAUGUUCAUACUAUUCACGUCAUUAAAAAUGGUGUGAUUGAUGACGCCAUUUUAAAUGGCGUGAUUGUACAAAAAAUACAAAAGUCAUGUCAAUUUCAGUGACGUGUAGUGCUAUAUUGGGAAAUAUUUUAGUGUUAUAUUGGGAAAUAAUUUGUGUCAGACUGCUAUUUUG